AUGAGCAUCUAUUUGAGUCGAUCAUUUCCAAGAUGUAAUUCAAGUUUAUUCUUAUGUAGUGGAAAGGCCUUACAAUCUGAAGUUUUACGCUUAGGGGAAGAAAUGUUCUUGGUGGAUGCAGGACCUGGGACCCCCAGAAAUUGUAUGCAAGAUGAGCCUACAGGAGUGCCAAUCAACCGAGCCACCAGGUUUGAUAAUAAGCGAGCAGCCGCCAGGUUUAAUGAUUUGGUGGGAUCCACAGAUGUAGUGGCCGGUGAACCGCUUCUUCUUCUUCCACGAAGAUUCAGACAAAACCGAGCUUGGAUGAAACUGAACAAGAUUUGGCGAAUGAAUACAAAGGUAAAAGGCUUUAUUAUUGAUAAAGUCAAAGGAGGUUAUUCAGUAGCCAUCGCGGGUUUCAUUACUUUUCUUCCAUUCCGUUCUCACAACAAAAGGAAAAAAAGGAGGAUAUCGAAUGAUCGAUUCACCAUUGAGAGCAUUAACCCCAAAAGGACGAAUAUUGUGGUGUUCUAA